AUGGGAAGUACUGCUACUCCAUCGACUCUGCGUGUCGCCGCGGCGCAGUACGAGCCCGAAUGGCUAGAUCUUCAGGCAUCGGUUGCGAAGACUUGCGCCAUCAUUAACAAAGCGGGGAAGCAGGGUGUAAAGAUCCUAGCAUUUUCAGAGUUGUUCAUUCCCGGAUAUCCGGCAUGGGUAUGGCACCGCCCUGUCGAUCCCGUCUUAUCGACAAAAUACAUCCAGAACUCGCUGGUAGUAGACUCAGACGAGAUGCGCACCAUUCAAAAUUGCGCGGCACAAAACGAUGUCGUUGUGGCUUUGGGGUUUUCCGAGAAUGACAACAACUCGGUCUAUAUUGCCCAGGCCCUCAUCGACUCGGACGGCAAACUGCUCAUGAAGCGGCGCAAGCUCAAGCCAACGCACAUGGAACGCACCAUUUUCGGGGACGCCUCGGGUAAUAGUCUGGUGAACGUGGCACCAACGCGAGCCGGGAAACGGGUUGGUGCCCUGGCUUGUUGGGAGCAUUGCCAGCCUUUGCUCAAGUACCAUACAGCGACACAGAGAGAGGAGAUUCACUGCGCGGGAUGGCCCCCGCUAUCUCCUCACGCUGGGCCAGAGCUGUGGUCCUUGUCGAUGGAGGGCUGCCUCAGUCUCUCCCAAACAUACGCCAUUGAAACACAGACAUUUGUGCUACACUCCACCACCGUCAUCGGCCCCAAAGGGAUCGACGCCAUGUCGACGGCUCAGGCCAUGCUAAUGAACAAGCCUGGAGGCGGCUACUCGGCCAUCAUUGGGCCGGACGGGCGCCGUCUCUCGGAGCCUCUCGGACCCACGACGGAAGGCCUGGUCAUUGCGGACAUUGACCCUAGCAUGGCCAUCAUGGCGCGCAGCUUCUUGGACAUUUGUGGCCACUACAGCAGACCAGAUCUGCUUUGGCUAGGAUGUGAUACGAGAGAGCGCAAGCAUAAAUUCGACCGGUCUGCCGAUGUGCAGGAGGAGCAGGAGAAUGGUGUAGAAAGGAGAUAUGACUUGGUGAGUGGAUAA